UGACAGAAAUUUCAAAAUGGCGACCUCCAAGAAUCUGCAAUAUUUGACAGAUGGAAUUCAUUGGUUAUAUUCCUUGUAAUUUGCAGAAUGAAGUGUAAUAAUUAACUUAUGAUUGUAUAAUAUUAAUCGUUGGGUGAAUUAAAUAAGUAAAUAUGGAUAUUGAGACGGAAAAGGUCGUGGAGCUGUUAUUUCCAAAUGGAGCACCAGAUUCUUGGAAAGAGAGCCCGGAGUUUUAUCAAUAUCUGUCGAAGCUUGGUGGAUUCGACCUCGAGCAAUUAAAUAAGGAACCGGAUCACUUGACCGAUGAAAAGAAUAUGGUGGUUCACCAAACGCAAGAGUUAGCAUUUACAAAUUAUAAGACCUUCAUUCGCACUGCGGAGAGCUCUCGAGUAAUAUUUCACCAGUUCAAUGAAACCGAAGAGAGGUUAGAUCGUCUCGUUCAAAAGAUUCCUGCAUUCAUGGAUAAGUGCCAAUCAUUUUGCGAAACCUCUAAAGAAAUUAAUGCACACUGGAGGCUUAACAGCUUGACAUUGACAAAGAACGCAGAGUUGCUAGAAAUUCUUGAAAUGCCACAGUUAAUGGAAACCUGUUUACGGAGCAAUCAGUACAAUGAGGCCUUGGAGCUUUCUCAAUAUGCGAGACAGCUUGGUACUAAACAUGCCGAUAUUCCGAUUAUUUUGUCCAUUGUAGCGGAGAUUGAAAACAGUUGGUCCGGAAUGGUGAGACAAGUCAUUGGAUCUCUAAGAGGAGAUUUACCACUUCCAAGAUGUUUGCAAUUGGUCGGACUUCUGCGCUCUAUGGAAGCAUUUACAGAACCAGAACUUCGCAUUAAGUUCCUUCAAACUCGAGAUAGUUGGCUCCAGGGAUUACUGAAUGCCAUUCCGAAGGAUGAUCCCAACAUUCAUUUGACUAAGACAAUCGAGCUAUCGAGGAUACAUCUUUUUAACAUAAUAACCCAAUACAGAGCACUGUUUAACGAUGAUGGCCACUUGUCAAUGAGCAGAGAUUUUGCUAUAAACGAGUCUGCGAUUUUUUACCAUUGGCUGGAAGAAAAGAUAUCUCAGUUUCUACGGACACUGGAGCACGAUUUGCCUAAUGUAACGUCGAUAGAUUCUAUUCUUGGUCAGUGCACAUACUUCGGACUGUCAUUUGGACGUGUCGGAGCAGAUUUCACAGGACGUAUGUCCGACAUAUUUGUCCGCGUGAUUCGUGAUAAAUUUGAUACAAAUGUAUACAGGGCGACGAGGAAAUUUGAGAAAGACAUGGAAACUUUUACUUUGAUUAAUAAGCUGCAAAGAACUGACGUGAAGACUCACACUCUAGUUAAAUCGGAGAAUCCACCUGAACAGCUCGUCGAGUUCUAUCCAUUGGCAGAAUAUUGCAACGGGUUGAUACACGUGUUUAAUGAAUUCAGAUUAUGUGCUCCGAUAGCAUUAGCUGAUCCGUGUACACGAAGACUGCAGUCUUCCUUAAUUAUGGUAGCAAAAGCAAUGUUAGUAUUUUAUAAGCAGGAACAACAAGCAUUUACAGCUGCUGAGAGGGAAAACAUGGUAAAGUUUGCAGAAUCAUUGAGCGAACACUUGGUACCGUACGUUCAGUACUGUCUUCAAGCAAUUUUUCCACCGAACGAAGUAGCAACCCAUUUGGGCAUUUCUGUCGGAGAAUUGCAAAAAGAGGGAAUUACAUUUUUGGAUGAGAAGGUAAUCCUUGAACCGUUGGCUCAGCUUUUGCCAGUGAGAAGUAUAACAAAAGAUUCAUUAUUACUAAAAUUACCCACGAUUGAGAAGGAUCAAUCGAAAGUUACGCAAGCAAAUGAAACUAUUGUUAAAAUUGAAUCGGAUACAACGGAGAGAGUUCAGAGUACUCCAAUAGUGGAAGAAGUGAUUUUUACCGAAUCAAAAGAUCUUGUCAAGGAAGAUGUUAUGACUGCAAGUGAAUCAUUAACUGAAACAAUGGCAUCACAAGUACAAGAAUUGACUGGUGACAGCACAAAUAUCGAUACUUCUAGUAUUAUGAAUAAUUAAGAAGCUAACAGGAAUUAGCCAUUGUAAAAAAAAACUGAAUUUUAUAUGAUCAAACAUAUUACAUAUCCGCAGAGGUAAUAAAUCUAACACUGCUUGCAGUGUUCGUAA